AUGCCGUCCAAAAAAGCCCCAGCUAUAUCAGAAUCGGCUCCUGCCGCCGAGUCUCUCUUCAGCCGACUCCUGGUGGCGCCAAUACUCUUCGUAUCAUUUCUGAUAUCAUUGUUCCUCAUUGAUCGUCACAACUAUAGCGGUAUUUUCGCCAGGUCUGGAAGCAAGGAUGGAUAUUACCAUUCCCACCAGCGCAAAUUGGCCAAGCAGGAAAUGGACGAGGCUUUCCGAAUGCGUCGGAAAGUAAUUGCCGCCAUGUGCAUGCUUACCGCGGUAUCAUUGGCCUUUAUUGCAUGGGGAAUCGAGUCCGUAUGGACCUUAUGGCGAGUCAGGGCGUGA